AUGAAGUUCUUAGCUGAGAAACCCAUGGAGAGUUUGGAUGACAAUGUGCUUUAUGUGUCGAGGAAGAAUGUAGAGUGGCAAAAUUCAAUCAUCAAACAAAGCCAUGAGGAAUCUAGAAGGUUGCUUAAAGAGUUGGUAGAUCUGAUUGACACAAUGCAAAAAGAUCUUAAGUGUAUUGACAUUCAACUCAUGAAGGAAGAUGCUCAAACAAUUGAAGCUGUUGCAGACAUGGAAAAUUUCUUUAAGGAAAUAAAGUUCAUCAGGGAAACAAAGUUCUUGACUACUAAUGAUUUCUCAAAGGUGGCUAGAAUAGAGUCAAUAUUCACAGUUUGCUCUGAUCAUUUGGAGGAAGAAGAAAUUGAAGAUAAAAUUGAUCUUGAAGGUGAGUCAAUAAGUGCCCUUGAAGAGCUAAAAAAUGUUCGGAGAGAAUAUAAAUGCUACAAAAAAUCAGUCCAAGAAAAAUGUGAUCAACUAAGCAAAUGCCUUGAAGAAUCCAAUAAGAAUAUCAGCACGUUGACAACUCAACUAGAAGAAGCCAAAGGGAUGUGUGAAGGCGUAAAAUCAGAUUUUGAUGCCAAGAAGAGAAGGGGUGAGGAGUUGGAGAUAGAAGUAGAAACAAAAGGAAAGGAGUGUCAAAGGUUGGAAGAUGAAGUUGAAAUUCUCAGGGAAGAGCUUGAGAAGUGUCAAGAGGAGCUCAAGAUGAGAAUCAAAUAUGGAAAUAGCAUUGAGGCUUUGGAUAAGAUGUUUAGAAAUGAAAAGCACUCCAAGGAUACAGAAGGUGUUGGAUAUGAUUUUGGUCAAUUCUCUACCAGCAAGGACACAUCUAAGAAGGAGAUACAUUUUGUCUUCAAAUGA